GAGAGUGCAUAAAAACCCCUGGCAGUCUUCAGUCUAAUGUCCUGUUGCUUCACGAGCAUCACCAAGCCUACAGCUCUCCACCUUUCUACGGCGACAGAGAACAGAACGAGACUAACCAUGAGCCACUCUUCAAUGCAUACCUCCACUUCCUACAGGCGCACUUUUGGAAGCCCUCACCCCAUCCCCAUGUCCUCCUACUCUUCUGUGUCGUCCCGAAUGCCCCAAUCUGGGGGGCGGUACAUGCGGUCAGCAUCACCUAAUGUGGCAUCUCGUACCACCACCUACCACCAACAGCGUUCUCGCCCCACUGCUCAGCCCCCUCGUCUCAGCUACGACAAGGUGGACUUCACCCUGGCUGAAGCCGUCAACCAGGAGUUCCUCACCACCCGCAGCAACGAGAAGGCCGAGCUGCAGGAGCUCAACGACCGCUUUGCCAGCUUCAUCGAGAAGGUGCGCUACCUGGAGCAGCAGAACGGUGCACUGCAGCAGGAACUAAACCAGUUCAAGGGCCAGCAUCAGCAUGGCCAGCCCAACCGAGCCUCUGAGAUGUUCCAGGAGGAGCUGAGGGAGCUACGGCGCCAGAUGGACGCUGUCGGCAAGGAGAGGGACCAGUACCAGAUGGAGAGGGACAACCUUGCUGAAGACCUGGCUCUGCUCAAGCAGAGGUUGGAUGAAGAGGCCCAGAAGAGGGCAGAUGCUGAGAAUAACCUGGUUGCAUUCCGAAAGGAUGUGGAUGAUGCCACACUGUCCCGUCUGGAGCUGGAAAGAAAGAUUGAGUCUCUGAUGGAUGAGAUUGAGUUCCUUAAGAAACUCCAUGAUGAAGAAAUCCAAGAUGUGCAAGUGAGUGUCCAGACCCACCAGCUGAAGAUGGAGGUGGACAGCACCUCCAGGCCUGAUCUAACUGGUGCUCUGAGGGACAUCAGGGCUCAGUAUGAGACCAUUGCCUUAAAGAACAUGCAGGAAUCUGAAGACUGGUACAAGUCCAAGUUUGUUGAUUUGACUGAGUCUGCAAAGCGCAACACUGAUGCCCUGAGGCAGGCCAAGCAGGAGAGCAAUGAGUCCAGGAGGCAGAUACAGUCUCUCAACUGUGAAGUUGAUGCACUGAAAAACACGAAUGAAGCUCUGCUGAGGCAGAUGCGUGAAAUGGAGGACCAGUUUGGCAAUGAGAUCAUCAACUACCAGGACAGUGUUGGUAGACUGGAGGAUGAGAUCCGCCACCUGAAGGAGGAGAUGGCUCGCCACCUCCGGGAGUACCAGGACCUCCUCAAUGUUAAAAUGGCUCUGGACAUUGAGAUUGCUACUUACCGUAAGCUGCUGGAGGGGGAGGAGAGCAGGAUUACUGUUCCCAUCUUAAACAUCGGCAUGAGCAACCACCUAGAUCGAGACUACGAACGUACUCCAGACAGCGGGAGCAAAAGGACUGUGGUGAUAAAGACAGUUGAGACUCGAGAUGGAGAGGUGGUGAAGGAAUCCAGGAGGGAGACGGACAGGGACUCAGCCCGCACCGAUAAAAAUGAGAAAGAUGACAAGGAUGACUAGAGAGAAACUGAUGAGAAAAUGCAAUGAUCGGUGUCAUAAUAGAUUAAAAAAAUCAGAAAAAAACAAGUAGAAAAAAAAGACAAACCUAUAUGUAAUCCUCAUUCCUUCUAGUUAUGUGUUUAUCUGUCUAGCAUAGAGUCUCAGUAAUGGUGCAAUGUUAAAUGAAUCCCUUUAGACAGUUACCCCUUGGUGCUACUGAAGCCAAGUGCUAAACACACGUGUCAUCUAUAGGGCGAAGCAAAGCCACUUUAUUUACAUACCACCUGAGGCCUUGAUUUACAGUGCAAUCCGGUGGAAUACUUAGACGACCACACAUUUGUAGCAGCUUAUUUACCUACAGGCUAAAAUACCUAGUUCAAACACAGGAUGUUAGGAGUUUGUGUUUCGUAGAUUUGACAUGGUAAUGAGCCUUCAGAAACUGCCCUCAGGUCUGCACACCUUAUAUGACAGACUGAGAAUAAAUUCACGUGUUGGCUUUUGUUUUAGAAGCUUUGCUAUCCUCUUAUUAUUGUGCAAACUGAAAAAUCAGCGAAGACACUGACCAUUUCUUAACAUGUAACAGACAGGAAAUGUUGACAUUAACAGCUGACUGAAAAGACUUUCUCUGAAUGUGCUUUGCAAUGCUGUGUGUAACUCGCAAGACUGAAGAAUGAAUAUGUGCGUGCUAAUAAAGUUAAUUGGAGCAAG